AUGGAGAGCGACUCUGCUGAUGCUCUGACGAUAGAUUCUAGUACAAACUCGUUCGACAUUUCACACAUCAAUAACAUCUUUCCUGUCGUCAGCACCCAUACGAGGCUUCCAUAUUUCAUCAGCAGACCUGUGUCAAUUGACUCUUUUCAGUUUUCGGGCAAUCAUAAGAAGUACUUGGAGUACUUCUGUGAUGAUUUCGCACGCGUAAUCUGUCCAUUAACCCCUACUCCUGAUUUAAACCCGGCCAAGGACAUUCUUUUAUAUUAUGCUAGGGAUAACAAUUAUUUAUUAUGCGCAGUUCUGUCAUGUGGUGCUUUGCAAUUGCAUCGCAAGAGCCAUGAUCCAAGAGAUGAAGCAAACUACUGCAACUAUUUGUCUACAUGCAUUCAGUUACUUUCCUCAGUCUUGGCUGAUGAGGCCAAAAUAAAGGAGAAAAUUGAACCCAUGAUCCUCACCAUUCUACUACUGACGUCUUACACUGCUAUGUCAAAUAUUCAGAAAUGGAGACCACAUUUAAAAGCAGUCAAGGAGCUAUUGGCUGCCUAUGUUCCACCUGCUGAUAAGUCUUCCCUUGACAGUGCCUAUGUGAUGGCUUUCUGUAGAGCAUGGUAUACAUCGAUUGAGGUAAUUGCAGGAUUGACUGCUCCUCAUGGAGGUACGGCAGAAAGUGAGGACGAAAUUGACUCAAUCAUUUUUGACAUUCCGAAUUUGAAGUUUUAUCUGGAGGGAAUGAGGAUUUCUCGUAAAGAUGACUUCAACAUUCUUUAUGGCUAUACAAACAGGUUAGCAAUGACUCUACAGAAGACGGUAAAAUAUAUGCGACGGGUUCGGGCUUAUCGUGAAGAGCUGAAACACAAUCCCUACGCCAAACCUGACAUUGAUCUAGAAGAGUACGGUAAAAUGUUUCAGGAGAUUUGGCAGAACGAGAAAUUCUAUGUUAUCAGUAAAGAUGGAAUAAUUCCACGUGAUCACUUCAUGCAUCCCGACAAUAACUCGGAACCUCCUCCUGGGUUCCAACCCCUUUCAAGCGAGGCUAUAGAAAAGAUAGUGCUAAAGACUGGAGAAGAAGUAUGCAUCUCUUGGUAUGAUAUUAGCCACCAGUCGUUUGUUUGGGCGGCCAUACUUGUGAUGCUUUCGAUGAUGGCUCAACUGCCCAAAAAGCAUUAUAUGGUGCAACAGGCCGUCCACAAAGUACUUGACUUGAUGGUUUUUCUCCACUCCAAGAACAGGAUUACCGGCUAUGUAUUGAUGCUACUACAAUGUUCUAUGUAUAUUACCGGGUUGAACUGUAUCAACACGGAAGACCGACGCUUGGUUCUCAAAUUCUUCGACAACUUAAACGUGAUGGGUAAUGUAUCUGCCUCAGUGAAUACAGAGAAAUUGAAACGGAAGUGGAAACGAUACGAUGAAAAUAGGAACAAUAUUCCAUUCGACAAGGAAUUCGAUGACUUUGACGAGGAGGAACUCCCUGAAGACAUAAUUAGUUAUUAA